UCCAGCUGAACUGGUUAACAGCUUCAAUUGUCCUGGUAAAGACAUAGGCAGCUGAGCGCUGUGAUGCUGCUGCCACUUUGUUGUGUAUGAAGCUGACAAGGAGCAGAGUGGAUUAUGAAUUCGGAGGGGAGAGCAAGUCAACUGGCUGCUGCUUGUGAUUUUUUUAUUGUUCUUCCACUCAGAGCUGUCUUUUUUCCUUCCUGUAUUUACUCUCUUCUCCCAGUCUGGUCACUGGGGCUGAUUAAUUAAUCAUGAGCCGGCUGCCGUUAAUACAUUUAUCUGGAGCAGACUGUGCCAUAGGCUUCAUCAGUGGGUGAGAUCCAGGCUGUGGAGGACUCCUUCUCUUCUAUCCUCAUCUCUUGUCUCUGGAAAUCUGGAGGGGACUACCUACAGUUCAGCUCAGCUGCUUCUACAUGGCUCUCCAAGAGGGAGAGAACACGCUGUUUUCUUGCUCCAUCACUGCCCCUGAAGCCUGGCAGAACUACAAAAGCAGGACUGUGCUAAAGCCCUUGGCUGGGGAAGAGAGCAAUAAUUGACAUCACACAACCUGAAGACCAGAAUCUCUGCUGGGACUGGGCUUUAUUAAUAGUUUGGCAUCUUCUGCCAAACUGAAUGAGCAGCAUGGCAUGGAUGGCGUCAAGAUCUUUACACCAAAAACCCAACGCAGAUGGUACUGGAUAGCAUUUCCUACUCUUUAAUCUUCAUUUCUAAUACUGCCAAAUACACAUGAGCUUACUAAGGGUCAGCUUUUGCAACUGACUUGUCCACCUCUCUCUACAUGGCCGUAUAUUUGGUUGCCGUGCUGCUCCUACUGACUCCGUGUCAGCCAGUUCCUCUUGACUUCCCACCUCUUUCAAACUCUUCCCUAUCCCUUGAAGAACUCAGCAAUACUACCGAACAUUACUCCACCCAACCUCCAGGUACCAUCCGCCGGACACCUCAGACAAUCAUUGUUGGCGUUCGGAAAGGUGGGACCAGGGCUUUGCUGGAAAUGUUGGACAUUCACCCAAACAUUGUAGUAGCUGCUACUGAAGUACAUUUCUUUGACUGGGAUGAAAACUAUGUGAAGGGGAUUGAAUGGUACAGGAACCUUAUGCCUUUCUCAUUUGAAAAUCAAAUUACUAUCGAGAAGACGCCAGGUUAUUUUACAUCACCACUGGCUCCUGAAAGGAUUCAUAGCAUGAACAGCUCAAUUAAGCUGCUUCUAAUUCUUAGAGACCCUACAGAGAGGGUCAUAUCGGAUUACACCCAAGUUUAUUACAACAGGCUGGAAAAUCACAAGCCAGUGCAGCCUUUUGAGGGAAUUGUGAUUAAAAACGGUGCACUUAAUACCAAAUAUAAGGCAAUCCAAAGGAGCUUGUAUGAUAUACACAUGGAGAGAUGGCUGAAACACUUCAGUUUAAACCAGAUCCAUAUAGUGGAUGGAAAUACUUUAAUUAAAACACCUCUUACAGAACUGCAGAAGGUGGAGAGGUUCCUGAACCUCCCACCUAGAAUAGUCUCUUCAAACUUUUAUUUUAACCAGACCAAGGGGUUCUACUGCAUCAGAAGUGAUGGUCGAGAAAGGUGUUUGCAUGAGUCUAAAGGGCGCCCCCAUCCUAUAGUAAAUGAAACCGUCUUGGAGCAACUUUACACUUAUUUCAGAGAACAUAAUCAAAGGUUCUACACAAUGGUUAAUCAAACGUUUGACUGGCACUAGCAACAAUACCCAUCUUACAAAGUAAUCUGUAGAAAAUGCCAAGCUGUGAAUUAAACCAAUGAGACAC